AUGAAUUCUGAGGAGGAAGAAAUUUCUUUAACAACAUACAAAGCGAUCAACAAAGAAGUGGCAGAAAGACAGAGCAAAAUAGAAAAACAGAUUAAACACAUGAGAAGAAUGUUAUCGGAGCUGUUGGAGAAUAGUCAAGCAGCAGUU